AUGCAAAAUUACUACCGGCAAUCUGGGUUGACGGUAGACACCGCGCACGCGCAACAAAAAUAUUUCGACGACGAGGACUGCAUAUUAGACGACAGCAUUCUGGACCAGAACGCCAUGGACUCAGGCCUUGAGAUGUCACCCAACAUGGCCGACAGCAGGAGAGAGUCCUUCGCUGUGUCGACCACGCUCUUCUCUCCCAAGAACGAGCCGUGGGCUGCCGUUGACAUGGAGUCAAACCCGUCUCAGAUAUCCAACAACCCCUUCAUGGACAAUCAGAUGGAACAACAACACUCCCAGCACCAACACCAGCCCCAGCCUCAAGCACAGCCUCAGCACCUCAACAGUAACAACCCCUUCUAUCGCAUGGACCAACAUCAAUACCAGCAGCAUCAACCUCAGCCCUUCGUUUCUCAGCCUACCAACCCCUGGUCCAUGAGCAACUCCGGUUCCUGCACCCCUAUGGCGCAGUUUGAUGGUCUUCCAACCGAGUACGACAACAGCAGCAGCAGCAACAACAAUAACAACACUGCUGGCAUUCCCUUCCAACGGCCACAAAUGCAGGGCCAGACGCCCUUCAGCAACCCAGCGAACCAGGUCCCAAUGUUUCCACCAGUCAAUGGCCAUCCCAUGCAGCAGUCCGCCUCCAAGGAUGGUUGGAUGACUGGUCUCAAGGACCCCAAGAACGACAGCGCUACUAUCAGGUCACACAACGAGCUGAGGAGAGGAGAUGGCAUCCGGAAGAAGAAUGCGCGCUUUGAUAUUCCAGCUGAGCGCACGCUCAAUAACAUCGACACCCUGAUAGCCCAGUCGACCGAUGAGACUGAGAUCAAGGAGCUUAAGCAGCAGAAGAGGCUGCUGCGCAAUCGGCAGGCAGCCCUUGACUCAAGACAGAGGAAGAAGAUGCACACCGAGCGGCUCGAGGAUGAGAAGAAGCAAUUCACCUCCAUCAUCGGCGACUUGGAAGCAGAUAUGGAGCAGAUGCGUCUUCAGAUGGAACAGAUGAUGCGCGAGAAGCAGCAGGACGUCCAGCUCAUCGAACAGCUCAAAUUCGAGAAGGAGGAGAUGGUCCGCACGCACACCAUUGAGACUGGUGAGCUGCGCAAGAAGGUCAGCGUUCUCAGCAACCAUGUCCAGGCCCUUGAGGGUGCAGCCAUGUCCCAGGCGAAUGGCAUGGCCAAUCAAGCCUUCACCGGCGCAGCCUUCGGCGAUAUGGAGGGAAUGACGAUGGAUGGCCCUUGGGAUGGCAUGGGCUUGUUCGGCGCAGAGUUCCCCAUGGAGCAGGCCGAGGUCAAGCAAGAGAUGCAGCUCGUGUCCACCAAGAAAUCAGAGGCCAACGUCUCGGCCGAUGUCGAGAAGCCUGCGACCCAGGGCGGCCUGCUCUUCAUGCUGUUCCUCGUCGGCGCAUUUGUCCUCUCCAACCGCCAGUCCAACGUCCCUCGCGUCUCCGAGGAUGUCCGGGCUGCCUCGGCUUCUAUCCUCGAAAACGUCCUCAAGGACGCUGGUGUGGCGCAAUCCGCUUCCGGCGGCAUGGAAUCCAUGGCUCCUCAACCUACUGGCACUUCGUGGGCUUCGGUACCUACGGCGUCGAUGCCCGUUCUUGGCAAUGGCCUGGACGGCGUGGCUCCCUCUAUGCUUGGGGACCUGUCGGACAGCCUCACCCAGCCGACCCAGGAGCAGCAAAACGAGCAACUCUUCGGUCUGACUCCCGCGCAGUAUGAAGGGGUGAACUCGCAUGACUUCCUCCAGAAUGCUCCCGCCGAGAAGUCUACCAGCCAGGGCCGGAAGAACCUGGCGCAGGCUCUCGCCUCCAUGAGGACCGAUAGCAAGGCCGAGGUGUACACAAGGUCCCUUUUGUGGGACCAGAUUCCGGGUGAUGUGGUUCGAUCAUUUGCGAAAAUGGUGGCCGAGUGCAGCAGCCCGGACAGCAACAAUCACGGCAAGAUUGCCACAGCAUGA